AACGAAUGGUCCUCCAACUCGAUUGUCAUUCGUCAGUCGCGAUCGAUGGAGACAACUUCUUCUAAACAGUAGCUCGCUAAUACCAAAAUGACUCUAUUUCGGUAUUGUAUUGUCUUAACUGUUUGCGCGUGUGCCUCAGCAAUCGUUGGUCCGAUAGCCAAUGGUACAAAGAGUGUUUCGAAAACUGAUACAUAUCUCGACGCAUACUCGAAAACUCGAGUCGAAGCUGAAAAAGCGAAACAGAGUGUUGUUAUAAUAACAGCUAAAGAUGGCGAAAAGAAGAUUUCUAAUCGAGAUGAUAGUUUCUCCGGGUACGAUUAUACGCCUUCGUACUCAAGCAGCGACAGUUACAGUUCAUCAGGACCUUCUAACUCCUACGUACCGCCGUCAAGUUAUGGCCCUCCUGUAAAGUUCGAAUCGGACAUCACCUACAGUUCUCCUCCGAACACAUAUGGACCGCCAGCAUCAAACUAUGGUCCUCCAGCCCCAAAUUAUGGUCCUCCAACAGCCAGCUACGGACCCCCAUCACCUUCUUACGGGCCACCCGCACAAUCUUAUGGUCCACCCGUGCAUAAGCCUUAUCCACCAAUAUAUGGACCACCAAAACCGUCCUAUGGAGUUCCCUACACGGCCCCAGGCUUUGGAUUCUUCGACAAACUAUCUCUAAAGUUGGAUAUUCUGACGAUUGCAAAGCUAAUGCUUAAAUUCCUGAUUUUCAAGAAAAUAGUGACCAUGAUAGCAGUAGUUUGCAUGUUGUUAGUGAUCCCCAAGUUGAUAUCUUUUAAGAAAGACAAAGGGGGAGAUAACGGAGAUGAAGACGAACGCAAAUUUGGCAGUCGAAACUUAUUGGAGUUGACGUCAGCACAGCAACUCCUGGAGAGGGCAAUGUAUGUAUACGGCAGCCAGCAACCGACUUGCGGAGUCACGUGUCGUGUGAGAAGGGUCCUGGAUGACAUAUACGAAUUUGAACCAUAUUCCAGGCUUGGCAGCAGGGAUAUCUAAGCAAAUAAGAAAAAGUUGCUCGUGCCAUUAUAGUUACACUCCUAAAUUAUUUAUUUAUUGUAUAAUUCAUAAGGUAAUGGACUGAAUAAACCAUUUAAUUUUUA